UUCUCGGGUGUGCUCUUACACAAGCAAGACACAGCCCCACCUAGGUUUGUUUCCCUGGCACCUUCCUGCUCCCUGCAACACUGUCACAAGUAAUCUGUUUGUUUUCUCUAACGCAAGGCAGACUCAUCCCAGCCAGGAUAGCUGUGAUAUUUCAGAUCCCAUUUGUAAAUACCUCCUAGACCUGAAGAGCCCAUUUAAUAAAUCCAUUACCAAAGAAGGCUGCAAUGCUGACCUUAGUCAGAAUUCUGUUGAUUUCAACUUUGUUUAGUUCACUACUAUUUGGGAGCCAUGGGAAAGAAAAUCCAGAAAUUAAUACAACACAAAGCGUUAUAGAAAGUUUGAAAACAGUGGGAAAUCAACCUAUUUCUUUGGCGAGUGAAGCAAAUUUAAAUCCCAAUGAGGAAAAGAUGAACAGCUCAAAUCCUAUCGCAAGUCAUUCCUCUCUUUUGGAUCUAUCGAGUGACAUCCAUGCAAUGAAAAAUUUCUCCAGUAACUUGUCGACAGAGACUUUUUCUGGAACUCCAAGGCCCACAUCCAUGUUUUCUACAACCCCUGUUCUGAUUCACGGGUAUGUUUCUAAAUUGCCUUGGAAUGCAUCUAUAACAGACACAAAUCCUCUGCUGGUCUCUUACCCCAGUACUACCCCUACUGUACCUUUAGAAAACUUCACUUGGUCUUUGGCCAAUGAUACCACGAAACCUCCUGACAACAGUUCCAGUACAGUUGGCCUCCUUCCUCCAGAACCAACUACCAAGUCUGUGACACCCUCGACAGUAGAACACACUGGAUGGCUGACCACAGACAGAGAAAGCUUUACUGGAUUCACCCCCCAUCAAGAGAAAACAACUCUACAGCCGACCUUAAAAUUCACCAAUAAUUCAAAACUCUUCCCAAAUACGUCAGAUCCCCAAAAAGAGAACAGAAGCACGGGAAUCGUAUUUGGGGCCAUUUUAGGGGCUAUUCUGGGUGCCUCCUUGCUCACACUUGUUGGCUACCUGUUAUGUGGAAAAAGGAAAAUGGAUUCGUUUUCCCAUCGGCGACUUUACGAUGACAGAAAUGAACCAGUUCUGCGAUUAGACAAUGCACCAGAACCUUAUGAUGUGAGUUUUGGAAAUUCUAGCUACUACAACCCAGCUGGGAAUGAUUCAUCCACGCCAGAAGGCCAAGAAAAUGCCCGUGAUAGCAUUCCGAUGGAUGAUGUACCUCCACUUCGCACCUCAGUGUAAAACGAAGAGGAACAAGGCUGCUAGCAGACAGUUUCCUCUCCAUCCUCACUUUUUAACAAACUCAUCCCCCAGAAGGUUACACAAGUUCACUGUCAAGUGGAUUGUGCCAAGGAGAAUUUUAAAAAUGUGAGACUAGUAGCAGAAACGCAGCAUAAAUCAUCUGAAAGGUUUCCUUUCUUAUAAUUUUUGGCCAUGCUGAAGCAUUUAUUAUGUUACCUUAAUUUGUAUUUUAGUCAUUUUUUGCAUAGUGGGAAAUGUUUAUGAAAAUAGGCAAAAUUAAAAGAUGAUAUCCUACUAGCCAUGCUUAAUAAUUCAAUAAUAAAAAUCUUUCUA